CGCUUUGCAAAGCAGUACGGGAUGACCACCGGGUUUGGGCAAAGACAUACUAAAGAAACUUAAGCUUGGGAGCAACUGUGGCGCUUCCUUCCAAGCAAGAAAUCAGAACUGAAUGUCUCCGGUCCUUACUGUGACUGCGGAAGGAAUUAAGCACCCGGACUCCAACAUGGAGCAGCCACAGAAAACUCAUCCACACAGGCAAGUGGUGGCCUUUAUUUUCAUGGUGUUCUUGUCUCGGGUUCGUGCCGAGCCGAUUCGUUACUCUGUGCGGGAGGAGACAGAGGGCGGCUCCUUCGUAGCCCGUCUGCAGGAGGACCUGGGCCUGGGGGCAGGGGAGCUGGCGGCCCGGUCGGCACGGGUGGUGUCUGAUGAUGACCAGCAGCCUCUGCUGCUGGAUCCUCAGACGGGAGACUUGCUUCUGAGGGAGAAACUGGACCGGGAGGAGCUGUGUGGCCCUGCGGAGCCGUGUGUGCUGCAUUUCCAAGUGUUCCUGGAAAUGCCGGUGCAGUUUUUUCACGGAGAAUUAUGGAUCCAGGACAUCAAUGACCAUUCCCCGGUAUUCCCUGAUAAGGAAGUGCUCUUGAAAAUACCCGAAAACAGCCCGCCAGGGACUCUCUUUCCUUUGAAAUUAGCCCAGGAUUUGGACGUGGGCAGCAACGGGCUUCAAAAAUACAACAUCAGCCCCAAUUCUCAUUUUCACGUUGUCACUAGAAAUCAGAGUGACGGCAAGAAGUAUCCGGAUUUGGUACAGGACGAAGAACUGGACCGGGAGGCACAGGCUGAGUUCAGCUUAACCCUCACUGCGUUGGAUGGCGGCGCUCCUCCCAGGUCUGGCACAGUCCUGGUUCGAAUCCUGGUCAUGGACGUCAACGACAAUGCUCCGGAGUUUGUGCACACCCCGUAUGAGGUGCAGGUCCCGGAAAACAGCCCCCUAGACGCCCCUAUUCUUAAGGUCUCAGCCAGAGACUCAGAUGCUGGAAACUUCGGGAGUGUUUCCUAUGCCUUGUUUCAACCGUCAGACGAAAUUCAACAAACAUUCUCCGUUAAUGAAGUCACAGGAGAAAUACGACUGAAAAAGAAACUGGAUUAUGAAAAAAUAAAAUCUUACAGGGUGGAAAUCGAAGCCACCGACGGAGGAGGCCUUUCUGGGAAAGGCACUGCGGUCAUAGACGUGGCGGACGUGAACGACAACGCCCCCGAGCUGACGGUGUCUUCUCUCACCAGCCCCAUCCCCGAAAACGCUCCCGAGACGGUGGUCGCCAUCUUCCGAAUUCGAGAUAGAGAUUCCGGGGACAACGGGAAGAUGGUUUGCUCUAUUCCAGAUAACCUGCCAUUCCUGUUAAAGCCGACUUUCAAGAACUUCUACACCCUGGUAACCGAGGGAGCGCUGGACAGGGAGGCCAGGGCCGAGUACAACAUCACCAUCACCGUGUCCGACCUGGGCACGCCCAGGCUGACGACCCGGCACCACGUCGCGGUGCAGGUGUCCGACGUGAACGACAACGCCCCGGUCUUCAGCCAGGCCGCCUACACCCUGCUGGUGCGCGAGAACAACAGCCCCGGGCUGCUCAUCGGCUCCGUGAGCGCCAGCGACAGGGACGCGGGCGCCAACGCGCAGCUCACCUACUCGCUGCUGCCGCCGCCACCCCAGCAGCAGCCGCAGCCGCAGCCGCCCCAGCCGCAGCCACAGCCCGACGUGGCGGCGCUCGUGUCGGUGCACGCGGACAGCGGGCAGCUGUACGCGCUGCGCGCGCUCGACUACGAGGCCCUGCGCGCCUUCGAGUUCGGCGUGCGCGCCGCCGACCGCGGCUCCCCGGCGCUGAGCAGCGAGGCGCGCGUGCGCGUGCAGCUGCUGGACGCCAACGACCACGCGCCGGCCGUGCUGUACCCGCCGGCCAACGGCUCGGCCGCCUGCCCCGAGCUGGUGCCGCGCGCGGCCGACGCGGGCUACCUGGUGAGCAAGGUGGUGGCGGUGGACGGCGACGCGGGCCAGAACGCCUGGCUGUCGUUCGAGCUGCUCAAGGCCACGGAGCCCGGGCUGUUCGGCGUGUGGGCGCACAGCGGCGAGGUGCGCACGGCGCGGCCGCUGAGCGAGCGCGACGCGGCCCGGCAGCGGCUGCUGGUGCUGGUGCGGGACCACGGCGAGCCGCCGCUGUCGGCCAGCGUCACGCUGCACGUGCUGCUGGUGGACGGCUUCUCGCAGCCCUACGUGGCGCUGCCCGACGCGGCGGCGGCGGGGGCCGAGCCGGCGCGGCCCGACUGGCUCACGGUGCAGCUGGUGGUGGCGCUGGCGGCGGUGUCGUCGCUCCUGGUGCUGAGUGUGCUGGCGCUGGUGGCGGCGCGGCUGUGCGGCGGGGGCGGGGGCGGGGUGGGUGGCGGGGUGGGUGGCGGGGCGGGGUGUGCGCUUGGCGUUGGCGGCGUUGGCGGCGGCGCGGGUGCGGAGGGCCGCUUCCCGGGGCCGCUGCUGGACGUGAGCGGCGGCGGGACGCUGUCGCACAGCUACCAGUACGAGGUGCGCCUGACGGGCGACGCUGGGACCGGGGAGUUCAAGUUCAUGAAGCCCAUUAGCCCCAACCUCUUUGUUCAGGACCCUGGGAGAGAAAUUAACGAAAAUCCUAAUUAUAGGAAUAGCUUUGUAUUCAAUUAAGUGUUGACCACGGCUAAGUGAAUCGCAUUACUUUUGCCAACUUCCCGUUGCAAUGUUUGAAGAUAUUGUAUUGCUAUGUAAAUAUUCAUAGUAGAAUUCCAAACCUAUGCAUGUCUCUGAUCACGCUGUUUGCCUUUCUUUAUUGGUGUUAUUUGCAUUUAAUAUAUUUAGUGAUAUCGGCUUUAGGGCGUGUAUUUCCUUCAUAUUUGACCUCUCUGGUGAUUAAUCUUUCCACAACUAUAAAUUAAUCAAGCAGUAUAGAGAGAAAUUUUAUUUUAAUGAUGCUCUUAAGUUGGUGUCUUUUUUAAUGAAACCUUCUGAAGCUUUUCCGUGAUCUUGAUUUUUUUUUAUAUUGGUGAUGCCUUUUUUACCAUUUAUCUUUUCACGUUUCAAAUUCCUUGUAGUUCCCUCCACAUUUCCUGAUGAUGUCCUGCAGGGUUAAGACUCCUAGAGCCCUGGCAUAAAGUGUGGCAUUCUUGUGUCUUCCAAAUUUUGUAUGAACAUGCACUUCAUUAAAAUAUUAGUGCACCCUUUUCUUGUCGUACGCAGUCUUCAUACUCAAGAUUGUAUGUUUGGUUACUACCUACCUGGCUCAUUCUAAAUGCCCCAUAAAUACCAACAAUAGAUUUCUACAAUAAUUUUUACUUACAGCAAAAGUUAAGACACUACCUCAUAUGAUUUGCCAUCCUUUUCAUUAAGAAAAUCUGUUCAAUAACUGAUUGAUAUUAUCCUCUUUUAAAAAUCUCAGACCUGAAAUAAGCCAUAAGCUUCUCUCAAAGAAUGCACAAGGCUUGAGAGCAUCAUAGUUUUCCUUGCUUUUGCCUGGUAAAUCCACGUCCAAGUGCACAUUAAUGUGUGCAUUUUCCUUCGGUUUUUCUGCAGCUUUCCCCAGAUUUUAAAAGAGGCAUGAAAUUUCUUCUGAAUCUUUGCUGCUCUGCUUCAUUGAGAUGAUCAGCUGAUCUUAGAUUUUUCACUUUAUUUUACUUUGCAGGUAUAGACAGUCUUUAUCAGCAAAAUAGUGCUUUUUUAUG